UCAUCUCAAGAGGACUGCUUCUUCCUGUAGAAGGCAUCCUGGCUCUGAAGUGACUUUAAAGAACAAGAACAUGCAACAAACAUUUUCGCAUAUUCGGAUUAGGAAAUGAACCCCGCUUUUGAUAUCAUGCCGUCCGUCAAAGUGAACAAGAACAAGAUGAUCCGUGAGGGCUUCGGGCCAAACCCUUUGGAGCGACUUCCGCCUCCCGCGAGCUCUAACAAACCCCUCACGCCUUUCAGCAUCGCAGACAUCCUCGGCAAACCGAGUGCAGGCACGAGCGCUCACCUGAGUGCACCUGUGCGUGUAAAGCACCGCGUCACGUCUCCUGUGAGCCAGACGUCACCUCUGUGCGCGCUCCAGGAGCUGACUAGUAAAACCUUUAAAGGUCUGGAGCUGAGUGUGCUCCAUGCAGCACAGGGUAGAGGUGGACUCAGGGUCUUUGGCCAAAGAAGCACCCCAAAAAAGCGCAGAAAGUCCAGGACUGCGUUCACGCACCACCAGAUCUACGAGCUUGAGAAGCGGUUCUUGAGUCAGAAGUAUUUAUCUCCCGUGGACCGGGACCAGGUCGCGCAGCAGCUGGCGUUAACCAACGCGCAGGUCAUCACCUGGUUCCAGAACCGCCGCGCCAAACUAAAGCGCGACAUGGAGGAGCUGAAAGCCGACGUGGAGUCGGCCAGAUCAGUCGGAGCCGUGCCUUUAGACGAAGCAGCCGCAGUGGGUGAGCUGGAAGAAAGUGCUACGAAAAGCAGGGGACACACGGGGACACAGUGGUCCUCUCAGCUCAGACACGAGCUGCAGAGCGCGCACAAAUUGCGCAUGUUGCGCGCCACGUCGUCCUCCUUUUCAGACCACACAAGUCACACUGACUCUGAGGACGAGGAUGUGGAAAUCGACGUGGAUGACUGAUUGCUCACCCGGGAGGAGCAGCGAGAAAAAUAAACGACAGACUCCUUUAAAUCAGCAUCAUCUUAAUUCACAUUCCCGCUCUGCUUAUAAUAUCAUGGAUUAGAACUCUCA